GGCUGGCUUGCCGAACUACCUCCCCGUGGUGCCAGCUGGGUGGUUCGGGUGUACCCCGUUCCAGCAAAGUGUUCGGCGACAAUGUUCCACCUCCGUGGGGCAUUGUAUUCCAGCAAUUGUGCUGACUUCAUGGGGAGUAUUGGGCCCCUGUUUGGUAAUCUACCAAACAAAGGCGCAUGAGCUGAUCAUUCAGUCAACGCCUCCCAAUGGGCGCGAUUCCCUAAAUUCGCCCCGCUGCCUUGCGGGUAGGUUAUUUAGCCAAAGGCUCGGGGUGGAGUCCCUUAAGUCAACUCCCUACUUCGGCUUGGGCAACCGGGUAGUAUCACGCCCUCUCACAAAACCAUGGACUGUACCACAACGCGCUCAUCAGCUACUAUUCCUGCUACUCACUUUCACGCUACUCCAUCACACGCCAAUUGUUUGUUUGCUAACAAUCCUCACUUUCGGUUACCCGAUUCAUCUGUUCAACAAUCUGGCUGCGAUUCCGGUUGCUCCGCAGAUCAAGGAAUUCAACCUAUGGCUCUCCUUCGUCCCCAAUCCUCGUUCCGUCUAGCGUGCUUCAACGUCCGGACACUCAUGCAGAUUGGACAGCAAGCCGGUCUAGCGCGCACCCUAGAUUCCCUAGACAUUGAUGUCUGCUGUCUUUCAGAAACCCGAUUGCAAGAUCCCAGCACUGUGCUUACAUUGACAUCCCCCACUGACCACGAAGCCAGAUAUCACCUGCGUCUUUCUGGAGAUCCAGAAGCAAGCUCAGCGGGUUUGGCUGGUGUAGGUAUAGCACUGAGUGGCAAGGCCGAGGCGGCACUACUGGACUGGUUCCCGAUUAACAGCCGACUAUGUGCAGUUCGGCUUCGGGGUUCAUGUAGAAUCAACAGGCAACGCGAAGAGAGACGCAACUUGUUUGUGAUCUCUGUAUACGCUCCAACUGACUGCAGUAGCGACUCGGUCAAGGACGAUUUCUACCGAGAUCUACAACAGCUCUUGACUAAUGCUAAAAAGUCGGAUGUCGUUAUCCUUGCUGGGGAUUUUAAUGCACGGGUUGGCCGCCUGUUACCAUACGAACGCCACCUUGGUGGUCAUCACGCGCUCGAUGAGAACCGCUCUGAUAACGGAGAGAGACUUCUCACAUUGUGCGAGGACAACCGUCUGUUUCUCUCGAGCACUAGCUUCAGGCGUACGAAGAAACGUUCCGCAACUUGGCGUCCCCCUUCGCCAACACAACCUUGGUCUCAAAUUGAUCACAUUGCGAUUAGCUUCAGAUGGCGCGGCAGCGUACUGGACUGCAGGUCCUUUUGGUCCACUUUCGUUGAUUCAGAUCAUGCUCUGGUCUGCGCGAAAAUCUGUAUGUGUUUUGGAGGAUCCCGAAACACGAAGCACCGCAAGAUUGAUGUAAACAGAUUAACUGAUUCCUCUGUCCAGGAGAGCUAUCAGUCUUCACUGGCAUAUGCACUCAGUUGCAAUCCACCGCGAGAAGUGGAACAACACUGGACUUGUAUACGGAAAGCGCUGACCAUUUCCGGACAGUCAUACUGCGGUCUAACUCGACGCCCUUUGAAGUCUUGGAUCUCUGCUCGUUCUCUGGAGCUCUUCGAACGCCGCAAAGAUAUCUCCGCGGAAUCAGAUUGCAACGAGCGGCGCCGUUCUACCAACCGGCUGCUUAAGCAAAGCCUCCGCAAGGAUCGCGAGACAUGGUGGUCUGAGCGUGCUUUAGAGAUGGAGACUGCUGCCCUCUCUGGUAACACUCGCAGGCUUUUCCAACUCAUUCGGUCCACUGGCCUCAGGAAGCCUGGUGUCAGUGAGGUCAUUUGUGAGGUGGAUGAGUCUCCGAUCACCAACCAACAGAGGCGUAUGGACCGCUGGGCCGAGCACUUUCACUCGCAGUUCAACUGACCUCCACCAUCCAUCAGUACAUGCAGUACACCUUGCUGUCCACCUUGGCUAGUCCCAUUGAAUCCACCCAGCGAAGCGGAAGUCUGCCUCGAGAUUCGACGCUUGAAGCGCUUCAAGGCUGCCGGCUUAGACGGACUUCCUCCGGAGCUAUUCAAGUAUGGCGGUGUGGCAGUCAUUAACCAGCUAACCGCGCUGUUCGCAAAAAUUUGGCAUGAAGAGAGAGUGCCUCCCUCUUGGGGCGAAUCAGUUAUUGUCCCAAUUUUCAAGAAAGGCGCUCGCACUUCAUGUGCAAAUCAUCGCAGGAUUAGUCUUAUUUCGGUUGCCUCUAAGCUGUUGGCAUCCAUUCUACUUCGUAGACUAUCCCCAGUACGUGAAUCGUACUACCGUGAAGAACAAGCUGGUUUCCGUCCUGGCCGCGGAUGCGUGGAUCAAAUCUUCACGCUCCGCCAACUCCUUGAACAUCGCCACAUUUAUCACAGGCCCACUAUCGUUGCAUUCCUAGACAUACGUGCCGCUUUUGACUCCGUUGAUCGACCUGCUUUAUGGCGUUGCUUACUAAAGAACGCGGUGCCAGAGAAAUAUAUCGCCAUCUUACGAGCACUUUACCUUCACACAUCCGGCAGAGUGAGGGUCUAUGGCAAGCUUUCCUCGCAAUUCACUGUCAAUAGCGGUGUGCGACAGGGCUGCCCUAUGUCCCCAUUCCUCUUCAACUUCGCAAUCGAAGACGUUCUGUCGAAUGCCCUAGAAGGUUUCCAACAUUUUGGCCUAGAGCUUCUACCGGGUGAGCGCGCGACCGACUUAGAUUAUGCUGAUGAUAUCGCCUUACUUGGUGACGAUCCUCAGGGUAUGCAACUCAUUCUGGAUCGUUUGGCGGUUGAAGCAUCUAAGUAUGGCAUGAGCUUCGCCCCAUCGAAGUGUAAAGUACUGCUCAAGGAUUGGCUUUCACCUGCACCCGUGCUCACUCUCCAAGGUGCACAACUUGAACAGGUAGAUAGUUUCGUCUACCUUGUUAGCUGUGUUUCUGCUGACGGCACUAUCAACAAAGAAGUUUCGCUUCGUAUCGCUAAAGCUCGAUCAGCAUUUGUCAAUCUGAGGCACUUGUGGCGUCGUCGUGACGUCUCAUUCUCACUAAAGGGCCGCGUCUACAGCGCGUCCGUUCGCUCAGUAUUGUUGUACGGGAGCGAGUCCUGGCCGAUUCGCGUGGAAGACAUGCGUCGUCUUUCUGCGUUCGAUAACGGUUGCUUAAGGAGGAUCGCUCGUGUUCGGUGGCAACAUCGAGUUACCAGUAAUGACGUUCGACGUCGCGUCUUGGGGAAUGCAAGCAUUUCCUUCAACAAACUGGUUUUGUUGCGCUAGUUAAGAUGGCUCGGUCAUGUCCUACGCAUGGCACCUGAGCGUCUACCGCGUCGCGCUCUAUUCGCUCGUCAAGGACCUGGCUGGAAGCGACCGCGUGGUGGUCAGCCUUCCACUUGGCGGCAGCACAUGAAAUCGCUGACGUCGUGUCUAGCCGCUGUUGGUUUAGUACGUCUUCCAGGAUGGGGACCCAAAGAUGGCGAGUGCCAAUGGCUUAGGACACUUGAAGACAUGGCCCGCAACCGAAAUCAAUGGAAGAAUUGUGUACAGUGUUGUGUUGAUUCACAUGUUUAAUUCUACAAAAAUUGAAAAUGACAAAAAAAGAGAAAAACCGGCGUGUGACAAACAAACUAAAAAUGUUUUGUUCUGUAUUUUUGUCAAAAUAUUCCAUUUUCUUGCGGCAUAUUAGCUGAAGUGUGUUGCCCACCUUCAGCUAGCAUGCCAUUACGAUUAUGACGCAAUGACUGUCUCUUAUACACUGAUUUCCGUGGUUUUCUUGGCUCUAUGUCUAGUUAC